AUGCAGGCUAAUGUUUCAUUGUUCGUGAAUGGCAAAAAAUGUGUAGUGAGUCCAGAUGUUGGUCCAGACACUUCACUACUCACUUUUCUUCGGAACCAUGUUGGACUCAAAGGAACCAAGUACAUGUGCAAAGAAGGAGGUUGUGGAGCCUGUGUCGUCAACUAUAAGUCGCGACACCCAGUCACACAAGAAGAGAAAAGCUUUGCAGUUAACGCUUGUCUACUACCAAUACUUUCUUGCCAAGGUGCUUCAAUAACAACAGUUGAAGGUAUUGGAAACAAAAUUACAGGCUACAACAAAGUUCAAACUGCCCUAGCCAAGUUUAAUGGAACGCAGUGUGGCUUUUGCUCUCCAGGAAUGGUGAUGAAUAUGUACAGCUUACUUUCAUCAAAUGAAAAAGUAAUGAUGACUGAUGUGGAAAAUUCAUUUGGUGGAAACAUAUGCCGUUGUACAGGUUACAGGAGUAUUUUAGAUGCAUUUAAAUCUCUAUCUGUUGAUGCAACAGAAAAACUUAAAGAAAAAAUUAAGGAUAUUGAGGAUAUCGGGAGGUUUUGUCAAAAUGGAUCACAAAACUGUAAUAAUUGUAUAUCAUCAUCAAGCUGUCCAAAGUCCCAUUUCCAAAUAACAGUAAAUAAUUCAUUGUGGUUGACACCAGAAAGUUUGGAAGACAUUAAAGAAAUUUUAAAGAAGCACUCUAACUUUAGAUUAGUAGCUGGGAAUACAGCACAAGGUGUAUACAAAUCAGUAAUUUCAAGUCCAGUGCAUAUUAAUCUAAACCAUGUACCCGAAUUGAAAGAUUAUAAGAUCACAUCUAAACAACUAGAGCUUGGAGCAAACAUGAGCCUGACAGAAGCAAUAUUAUUGUUCCUUUCAAUCAGUAAAACAAAGAAUUUUGGGUACUUACAAGUUUUUGCAAACCACAUUGAAUUAAUUGCAAAUGUUCCAAUCAGAAAUACAGGGACAUUGGCAGGAAACUUAAUGAUUAAAUAUCAUCAUCCAGAGUUUCCAUCUGAUUUGUUUCUGCUCUUUGAACUUGUGAAAGCCACAAUAAUAAUAGAUGGCCAAGAAAAUCAUGCUGUAUCACUGAUGGAAAUGUAUAGCAAGGAUAUGAGUAAAUCUAUUAUAACUAAAAUAAUAUUACCAGCAGUAUCAGAAGAUUGCAGCAUCAAAACAUUUAAAAUCAUGCCUAAGUCUCAAAAUUCAUUUGCUCUGGUAAAUGCUGGGUUCUUCUUUCAAUUCGAUGAAAACUUUUGUGUAAAAAAGAAACCAAGCAUCGUUUAUGGAAAUAUCAAUUCAAAUUUUGUCCAUGCCACAAAGACUGAAAACUAUUUUGUCGGGAAGAAUAUAUUCAAAGCAUUCAAAUCAGGUGUAUCAAUUUUAUCAGAGGAGUUGGAACCUAAUCAAACUACUGUUGCUUCAGCAGAUUUCAAAAAGCAAUUAGCUCUUAAUCUAUUUUAUAAAUUCAUUCUUCAAUUAAAACCAGAUGGAAUAAACUUAUUCUAUCAAAGUGGUGGUGCCAAUUUGGAGCGCCCAUUAUCGCAAGCUAUGCAGUCAUAUGAAACAAAACCUCGUAAUUGGCCAUUGACGAAACCAAUUAACAAGCUUGAGGCAGUUUUACAAUGUUCAGGUGAAGCAGUUUAUGUAAAUGAUAUACCUGAGCUUUCUGGUCUAAUGUAUGGUGCACUUGUUCUUGCUGCACGAGCCAAUGCAACCAUUAAAAGGAUUGAUCCAUCUCCUGCUCUGGCAAUGAAUGGUGUUGUGGCUUUCUUUUCAGCAAAUGAUAUUCCUGGCAAAAAUAUUUUUUGUCCACCAACAGCUGUAACAAUAACUUCAGGAGAAGAGGCACCAGACCAAGUUGGUUUUACAAGUACCUCUAAUAAUAAAAAAAUAAGCUUUAAGGCAGUGCCUGUUGAAGAAGAGCUGUUUUGUUCAGGAAAUGUUCUUUAUGCUGGGCAGCCAGUAGGAAUAGUUGUAGCUAAAACUGAAGAUGUAGCCAAUAGAGCAGCCAAUUAUAUAAAUAUCGAUUACAUUGAAUCACAAGAAGAACUAUGCCUAACAGUUAAGGACGUUUUAAGAAGUGGAAAAGUUUCAAAAAUUAGGCAUUUUUCAAAACAUAAGCCAAACAGGAAUAUUAACUUAGAAAGGGCAAAAUAUCAAGUGGAAGGAGAAGUUGAGAUGGGGCCACAGUAUCAUUUCACAAUGGAACCUCAAAGUUGUGUUUGUAGCCCAACUGAGGAUGGCAUUAAUAUAUUUGCUUCAACACAGUGGAUGUCAUGCAUCCAAGGAGCAGUUUCUGAAAUGCUCAACAUUCCUGAAAACAGUAUUAACAUGGAGGUGAAACGGAUAGGAGGAGGAUUUGGUUCUAAGAUAACUCGUGCAUCAUUGGUGGCUACCGCUUGUGCUCUUGCAGCUUACAAACUACAUUGCCCAGUCAAAGUUAUAUUAGAUAUUGAAACAAAUAUGAAAGCCAUUGGAAAGAGAAAUGCAUCAUACUCAAAAUAUGAGGCAGGUUUUGAUGACACUGGAUAUAUAGAGUGGCUAAAAGUUAAGCAUUACAGUGAUGAAGGAUGUAGUUCAAAUGACCCUGCUGUUAUGUUAUUCAAAUCAGGAAUGGUAAACUGUUAUGACUCUUCUGGUUGGGAAAUAGAGACAAACACAGUUUCUACCCCAACUCCUAGCUCUUCUUGGAUGAGAGCACCGGGGACACUUGAAGGAAUGGCUGUAAUUGAAGAAGUCAUUGAGCACAUAUCAUUUGUUUUAAAAAAGGAUCCUUUGGAAGUAAGGAUGCAAAAUAUUGGAGGAAAGUCAAGCUAUAUUAAGAGUAUGAUAGCAACAAUCAAAGAAUCUUCAAACUAUCAUAUAAGAAAGAAGGAAAUAGAAAAUUUUAAUGAGUCAAACAGAUGGAAAAAGAGAGGUAUUUCACUUAUUCCAAUGUCAUUUGAUGUUUUUUACUUUUUCUGUCAACCAUCUAUGGUUUCAAUAUAUGGAUACGAUGGUACUGUGUCUAUAACACAUGGUGGUGUAGAAAUGGGACAAGGUAUCAACACCAAAGCAGUACAAAUAUGUGCAUCUACUCUGGGAAUAGAUGAAAGCAAAAUAAAAGUUAAAUGUAGUUCAGUCUUAACAUCUCCAAACGCACAUAUGUCCGGAGCUAGUAUUACAAGUGAUAAUGUUGUGUAUAGCACUAUGAAGGCUUGUGAAAUUUUAAAUGACAGACUGGAACCAAUAAAAAAACAAAUGAAGGAUGCCAAAUGGGAAGAAAUCAUAAGACAAGCCAACACAGACAAUAUACACUUAAAUGCGUCCUACAUGAACAAAACUCAGGAUGAAGAAAUAAAGAGCUACUGUGCAUAUGGUGUUGCAGUAACAGAGGUAGAACUAGAUGUUCUCACUGGUCAGUAUCAGAUUCUUAGAACAGACAUUCUUCAAGAUGCUGGAGAAAGUAUUAAUCCUGAAAUCGAUAUAGGUCAAGUUGAAGGAGGCUUUGUGAUGGGACUUGGUUACUUAUUAACAGAAAAUAUAAUUUAUGACACUAAAUCAGGUCUCACACUUACCCAUAACACAUCAAAUUAUUGGGUACCAGGGCCAAAAGAUAUCCCAACUGAUUUUAGAGUUACAUUACUAAAAAAUGCACCUAAUCCCCAUGGAGUAGUUCGUUCAAAAGCUACUGGCGAACCUCCUGUAUGUCUUGCUUUGAGUGCUUUUCAUGCUUUAAAAAAUGCAGUCAUGUCUGCAAGAAAAGAUUGUGGAGAAAAUGACUGGUUACACUUCAAGCAGCCAUUUUCAGUAGAGGAAGUAUUCCAAGCAACAAAAACAUCAAUGGAACAUUUUAAUUUAUAA